AAAGCUAGACCGCUAGUUAGCAAGCGUCGCAACUAUCUUUACCUCAUCAUAUGGAAUUUAUCCCCCAGAGAAAUUACAAAUAAUUAAACUUCCAAGUUGAAAAUGCAGUAUAGAUGAAAAUAUGACCUAAAUUUUGUCCAACAGUAUUUGAGGUGUGCGCACUUUGGUGUUGUUUACAACCGGAGCUAGCAAGUUUGCUAUAACGUUAUCUCAACACCGCUCUGUUGUGAUCUAUGAUGGGCAAAGAUGUGGAGGAUGUUUCUGCAUCUCUUGUACGGGAGUAUCUCAGUCGAAAGGGCCUCAAGAAAACCAUAGCUUGCAUGGAUGAAGAGCUUCCACGAACUCAUUCAAGCGUCAAUAACAGAUCAGAUCUGCGGAGUAUACUUUACCUUGAGGGCCUUUACAAAAAGAAUAAGGCUGAAGAACAUCCCUUGAAGUCAAUGUUAGAGAUGAUUGUGAAGGACAGAAUGAGUGAAGGUGGCAAAACCAAAGGUCGUCAGCAAAGUGACGUUCAAGCACAUCAAUUCGAUCAAACCCUGUCCAGUACUUCCAUAGAUAUGACUGGGAACAUUAAAAGAGAAGAAAAUUGUUUGCAAAAUCUCUCAUCGAACAGUCCAAGGUUAUCUGAAAGCAGCAGUGUGCCAAAUGUUAUUGUGCCUUCCCAAACACCUUUUGAAAAGACACAAGACAAGACAAAGACAAGUUUGGACCUCUCAUUAUCAAGCCAGGAUAGUCUGUUAGCCAUGUCGAAAGAGAGAUUUCUCUCUGAGAAGAAGCUUCUAGACACUGACAGCCAGAAGAACAGAAGCAGCAGGAUAAGACGAGGGAUUAUGGCAGGUCCCAUUUCCAGCUCCUCGCAGGAAAGUUACAGAAGGCGUCCAACACGAAAAACACCUUCAUCUGUUAUAACAGCAAUGGAGGAUUGCAGACAAGCAUCAAACUGGACUAAUGGCUUCAAUACUACCAAAACAGAGUCUAAACCAUCAGCCUUUCUUCAAGGAGAAAGCAGUAUGAUUUCUAAUUUACAUAAAGGAAAUAUUGACUAUGAUGGACAUGAGAGGAUGACAAAAGCCAAGCAAAAGAAUUCGGCACCCAGCCUAAAUCUGGACAGACUCCAUGAGUUGGAAAUGGUUUUAGAUGACAUCGAGAACGAAGAGAGCUUGUGUGAUAUUUCUAGAAAAAUCCUGCCAGAAUAUAGUUUGGACAAGACUCCCAUGGACCAGAUGACUGCUGUUGCUCUGAAAGAGAUCAUCUUUGGUUCUUCCAUGGCUUGUUUCACAGAGGAGUGGAAGCAGCAGAGUUUUACCUUUUCAGAUACUUCUGGUCUGAAAUACGGGAUUGUACAGAAGAAGGGUGGACCCUGUGGUGUCCUUGCAGCAGUUCAGGCAUGUGUUCUACAGAAGCUUCUGUUUGAAGAAUCAAGCAGUGACUCCAUGGAUCAGAGACUGGAGGUGUCAAACAUUGUAAGAACAAAAUGUCUCUAUCUGGCUUUGGCUGAUGUACUGUGGAGAGCUGGGAAUAUGAAUAGAGCAAUAGUUGCAAUAAACACAGGAAGAACUGUGUUCACCCCGAUCGGGCGCUACAAAUCUGAUGGAAUUCUAGAAAUGAUAACAUACGUCACUGUCGAGACCUUAGAUGAUCUCACUUUAGUUCUUGAACAGCAUGUUAGACAGUUUGAAUCUGGUCCCUUUGGCUGUAUCCUACUUACCAUUUCAGCCAUUCUUUCCAGAACUAUUGCAAUUGUACGAAAUGACAUGGAUGUGCCAACCUCCACUCUUAUUGGAGCUCAUGGCUACUGCACACAGGAAUUGGUAAAUCUAUUACUUUGUGGACGCGCCGUUUCAAAUGUCUUUGAUGAUGAAAUGAAGCUUGAUUCCGGAAAUGGAAAUUUUACCCUUCUGAAGGGAAUUAAAGCACGAUCUAACAUUGGGCUGCUCUCUUUAUUUGAGCACUAUAAUAUAUGCAAGGUUGGAUCUCACCUGAAAAACCCCACGUUUCCAAUUUGGGUGGUGUGCAGCGAGAGCCAUUUCAGUGUUCUCUUUAGUCUCUCUGAAGAUCUGGCAUCCGAUCACUGCACGGAGGACGAGUUUGACUUGUACUAUUAUGAUGGAUUGGCCAACCAGCAGGAACCAAUUAGAUUAACAGUCUAUCCACAUUCUGCUGCUAAGGCUGCUGCGUACAAUGACAACACAGAUGAUGACCUCAUCCCUCCGCUGGAGCUCUGCAUCAGAACGAAAUGGCGAAAUGCAGCGGUCUGCUGGAAUGAUACAGAUCCCAUUCUUUGAUAAUGCAUGUUUUUUAGUAUUAGCCCCAUGCGAUCCUUGUAUGAUUUUAUCUGGUGUAAAACAUAUUUUCAUUAGAUUUUAAAUUGAAAAAGCAUACGUUUAGUAUUUAUUUUGUCUUGUGUGAUAAGCCUUUUUGCUGCUAUUCUUGAUAGUGUUCUUUAUUUGUUCAUUUUUUUAUGUGAAUACAGAAGGAUGAUGCAUUUUCUAAAAUUAUCAAUCAACAAAUGGCUAAUAUUGUCAGUCAAUAUUACACAAAAAUGUCUUGUUUGCUCCCCUCCUGUAAUUUUAAUCAAGAUCUCUCCUUCAUUGUUUUUUCCUGCAUGUUUUAUAUAAUUGUUUACUUUUUUUUUUUCAUCACGAAGUCACUUUGACGCUAAAAUAUUAGGAACUGUCAUGCUUUAAAUGACGUUUUUUACUUGGUUCAAAUCAUGAUUUAAAGGGCACCUAUUGCACCCCUUUUUCAAAAUUUAAGAUCAGUCUUUUGUGUCUCCAGAAUGUGUCUGUAAAGUUUCAGCUCAAAACACCCAUCAGAUUAUUUAUUAUACCUUACAAAAUAUUGGAAUUUUCUGCUCUGAACACAAUGUUGCUGUUUUUGUUGCCUGUGCCUUUAAUGCUAGUUCUUAUCACCCAUCGUUCCUACGUGCCUGUCAGAGUGUGUUUCCAUCUCCGGCUGCGUCAGAUUAACAACACAGUGACAGACAUGAAGGAAGCAGAUCUCGCGUAACGUUUGUGAGAAAUGCUACAGUAAGAACUUUCCAAUGAUUACUCGAUGUAAGUGUUGUAGAGUUAAUUCAAGCCUUUCUGCAAUGAUGAGACACAGAAUGUCGUUACAAAAGUUCACACAAAGACACACACAGCACGCGCGUUUAACUUUGCACUAUUUUUGCACGGCAAAUGACAGGAUACACGAUAAUAUUCACUGCUGUAUGGAUAUCCGUUAUGUUAAUGUACAAAAUAAACCUGAUUUAACGUCCGCAAACCAGAAUUGAAGCGUCUUCUUUUAUAAUUAUACUGACGCACAUCUGUGGUGAUAAAGUAAACAUGGUAAAAUCGCUGUAAUUCAUUACACACAUGCCCUGUUUUGAAAAUGUUUUCAACUUGUAAAACUCAUUCUUGAUCACAUUUGAUGAUGAUUGAUGAUCACAGAGAGCUGAACAGGUCUUUUAAUCCCAGUUGCUUUGUGCACAUCCUGUCUUGUUGAUAUGAUUAUACGCAUUACUAUCGAGACAUGUUAAAACAUGGCUGUCAAUCAAUUAGGCGGGGAAACCACACUCCUACAUCAUGUUGCGGUGGGACUCAAAAUGAGAGGGAUUUGGAUCCUAUUUUAACAUCAGGAAAUUAAAAAAAAAGAGACUUAUUGUCUUUAUAUCACCCCAAUAUGACUGAGGACACACUAUACAUACACAGUUCUGUCCAAACAGCUCACAAAAGAUUUUCACCAUAGGUGCAUCAUAAUAUGACUUGUGAUGAGUCGAUAAUGUCCAUUGCUUACUGUCCACUUAAUAAAGGUUUAUUUAAAGGGGAAACAUAAUCUGAUAUCAUUCACUAACUUUUAUGUUUUCCCAAUCCUACUA